AUGGGAUCUACCGACCCCAAUGAGCCUCCUGUCAAAAGGCAACGCUUUCUUGCCGAUAGCGAUGAUACUGCAGAUCCAAAAAUCGCCAAGUCAUCAGCGCUGGUGUCCAACAAGGACUCUUGUAUCUAUAUUAACGAAGUAACAACACCACAUAUCAAGCCGGGUCUGUCCGGCAAUGCUUCGAUGCAUGAUGACUUCGACCAAGCAACGUUUGACGCUUUUGUGGGGGAACACGUUUCGCCCGAUAUCAUGGCAGUCAUUCGACGUAAAUGUGGCAGUGACAUCGAAAGGGCUGUCAAUAUGUACUUGGACGGCACAUGGAAGACUCCUGGGAAAAGUGUUCGGACCACAGGUUUGCACCUUUCUUCCCGAAUGACCGAAACCCCUGUUCGCAACCCCUUCAACCCUAUGGUUCUCCAACCUAACGCAAAUCGCAUCAUGCCUGAAUCACGAUAUAUCGGCGCUUUUGGUGUGGAAGGAUGGGCCACUCGCAGUGGCACGGGUCUCUUGAAACACGGUGACCCCAUCAGAAUCGAACGCCAGAAGAUCCAACCAGUGAAGUCUUCGUCGCCUCGUGGAGGACAGCGAGUCAAACUUGGGACUCCGGCACCUGGAUCGCUUAUGGGCGCCGUUGCAGCCAAAAGAGUCGAUGUCAUUGUGCGCUUCACAGACAGUACUGGCAGGGAAAUUGGACGCUUAGCCAAAGACAAAGCGGAAUGGGUCUCGACCCUGAUAGACCAGAAAAUAUGUAGGUUUGAAGGCACAUGUGUUUACGCUCCCGAGAGCCUGCGCACCAAUGACACUGUCGUCUUGCAACUACGAUGCUACCUCUUGCGUAGUGCAUUUGAUCCUCGAACAUUCAAGGUUACUAGCAACAGCCCGUUUGGCCAUUUUGAGAGCGGUGAAUCGGAGGAAGAAAGAGACCUCCGUCUAAGGCAAGUUGCUCUUGUCAAGCUUUUCCAGGAGAUCAACCUCCUCCCCAUCCGAGGGAAUGCGGCUGCAGCCAGCGCACAGCGUCAAAGUCUGCUCCAUGCAGCAGAGCUUGCCGAAGAUAGUGAGAAGACGAAGGCAAAAUCCCAGGCACAAGAUACCCUCGGAUCCUCAUCACUGUCAGACGAAAAUGAAGAUGGGCAAGAACUCGAGCAGGAUCAGCUUGACGCCCUAUACAAGAAAGCUCAGUCGUUUGAUUUCACCACUCCCGAAGCUGAGCCAGCCAGUUCUUUCGCCAUGACCCUGCGCCCUUACCAAAAACAGGCACUCCACUGGAUGUUGUCGAAGGAGAAAAACGUUCAUAUUGAAGAGCGAGAAACCUCCAUGCACCCCUUGUGGGAAGAGUAUGCCUGGCCUAAGAAGGAUCACGAUGACAAGGACCUUCCGGAAGUCCCUGAUCAGCCAACAUUUUACGUCAAUCUAUAUUCUGGCGACUUGUCUCUUGAAUUCCCGCGUCAAGAACAGCGCUGCCUUGGUGGCAUAUUGGCCGACGAGAUGGGCUUAGGCAAGACCAUCCAGAUGCUCAGCCUGAUCCAUACCCAUAGAUCCGAGGUGGCCACUCGAGCCCGUGCGUCUGGUCACCAUGGGGAGUGGAUCACUCCCGGUCAGCGCUUCCUCGUCCCUGCUGCAAGAGGAACUGUUAUAGAUGCACCAUGCACGACUCUUGUUGUUGCCCCAAUGACUUUGCUUUCCCAGUGGCAGAGUGAAGCUGAAAACGCCUCCAAGGAAGGGACCUUGAAGUCCCUGAUAUACUAUGGUAGUGAGAAGAAUAUGGAUUUAGUGGCUCUGUGCUGUGAGGCCAACGCUGCCAGCGCCCCUGACCUCAUCAUCACCAGCUACGGAGUGGUGCUGUCGGAGUUCAAUCAGAUCGCUUAUAAUCAUCGUGACAAGACCAGAAACCGUGGUAUCUUCGCUUUGAAGUUCUUUCGUGUGAUUCUCGAUGAAGCACACACGAUCAAAAACCGCUUGUCCAAAACAGCCCGUGCUUGCUACGAGAUUGCGGCUAAGCACCGAUGGGUCUUGACGGGAACUCCAAUUGUCAAUAGACUGGAGGAUCUCUUCAGUCUAGUGCGGUUCCUCAGGGUCGAACCAUGGGAUAACUUUUCCUUUUGGAGGACUUUCAUUACGGUUCCCUUCGAGUCGAAGGACUACAUGCGUGCCUUGGAUGUCGUCCAAACAGUCCUAGAACCGCUCGUCAUGCGGAGGACCAAGGACAUGAAGAUGCUUGACGGCACUCCUCUAAUUGCUCUGCCUCCAAAGCACAUUGAAGUUGUCGAAGUCGAACUUUCCAAGGAAGAGCGGGAGGUGUACGACUACAUCUUCAAGAAAGCAAAGAGAACUUUCCAGGCCAAUGUCGAGGCCGGCACCGUCAUGAAAUCAUUCACCAGCAUCUUUGCCCAGGUCCUCCGCCUUCGCCAAUCAUGUUGUCAUCCUCUCCUUAUCCGGAACCAAGAAAAUGUCGCCGACGACGUUGAGCCUGGGACUGCUGCUGACAGAGCUGCGCAGCUGGGCGAUGAUAUGGAUCUUCAAUCCUUGAUCGAACGCUUCACUGCGACAACUGACGAUGCCUCGCAACCCAAUGCAUUUGGUGCCCAUAUACUUCAGCAAAUCAGGGAUGAAGCUGUCAACGAGUGUCCUAUCUGUGCUGAGGAGCCUAUGAUUGACCAGACUGUUACCGGAUGUUGGCAUUCGGCCUGCAAACAGUGCCUGCUGGAGUAUAUAAAACAUCAGACGGCACAGAACCAACAGCCUCGAUGCUUCCAAUGUCGGGAAGUCAUCAACUCGCGCGAUCUGUUCGAGGUGGUACGCCACGAUAAUGACACAACUAACCCUGAAUCCGGUCAAGGACCGAGGAUUACUCUCCAGCGCCUUGGGGCGAGCUCCUCGUCAGCAAAAGUCACUGCUUUGGUAAAUCAUCUUCGCAAUCUCCGAAGGGAACAUCCAACCAUGAAAUCCGUUGUUUUCAGUCAGUUCACUUCAUUCCUCACCCUUAUCGAACCCGCACUUCGCCGAGCGAGUAUCAAGUUUCUACGACUUGAUGGUACGAUGCAUCAAAAGGCGCGUUCGGCGGUUUUAGCAGAGUUCAAGGAAAGUCAAAACUUCACUGUCAUGCUCCUGAGCCUUAAAGCGGGCGGUGUUGGGCUGAACCUAACAUCGGCGAAGCGAGUAUAUAUGAUGGAUCCAUGGUGGAGCUUUUCCGUUGAGGCACAGGCAAUUGAUCGGAUUCAUCGAAUGGGGCAGGAAGAUGAGGUUAGAAUCUACCGCUUCAUUGUCAAAGAUAGCGUCGAGCAGAGAAUGCUCAGGAUUCAAGACCGUAAAAAAUUCAUCGCGACAUCGCUCGGUAUGAUGACUGACGAGGAAAAGAAGUUACAAAGGAUUGAGGACAUAAAGGAGUUGUUGAGUUGA